AUGGCCAUGAGACAGACGCAUCAGAGGAAAAAGAAACCUUUGGAGUGUCUGCAUCCAGAAAUUAAAGGGCCCAGCCCAAAAGACUUCAUUGACUUAACUAGAGAAACCAGACCAAGGGCAAAGGAUCGCAAUGGACUCUGUGUGAUUGACCUGACAAGAACUGAGGAAGAAAAUAGACCUAUUGCAACUCUUGACUUGACUCUAGAACCUGUUGCUCCUUCCCAGAAGGAGCCAACCAGUCUGCAGACACGUGCCAGCCUCUCCAGCAAAGAGGUGAUGGAAGGGCGGGUAGACAGAAGCUCUUGGCCUGCAGCACGGAGAAUUGUUAACAGUGAUCCUGUGGAUUUGGACCUUUUGGAAGAAAACACAUUUGAGGGCCCACAACCUCCUGUGUCCAUCAGUGGGGACUCUGUUUAUCCAGCAGAGCCAAAUUGUAGUUCAACUGCAUUCCAAGGUGACCUUGGCUUCUUAGCAAGCCUACAGCUAUCUUUAGAUGUUCACUCCCAUUCCCCAACAAGCAAUGAUGGUGGCAGCAGCAAUCAGAGGGCACCCUUACCAGCCCCACAGCAAGAUGUGCCUUGCCCACCACAAGCCUUGCCAUGCCCACUGCGAGCCUUGCCAUGCCCACUGCGAGCCUCACCCUGUCCGCCGCGAGCCUCCUCAUGCCCGCCACGAGCCUUGUCAUGCCCAAUACAAACCAUGCAGUGCCAACUACAAGCUUUGCCUCACCUGCCUCAAGAAGUUCCAUGCCCUCCUCAAGAGAUGUCAUGUCCUCAGCAGAAUGUUCCAAGCCCACCUCAAGACGACUCAUGGCAAUCUCGGUACUCACCCAGCCCACCUCAAGACUCACUGUGCCCACCUCAAGAUGUUUCAGGUCCACCUCAAAACAUAAUAUAUCCACAGUCACCAGGAGAUGCCCCACAGUCACCAGAAAGCGUGCCCCAUUCACCUGGAGAAGUCCCACACUUCCCAGGAGAUAUGCUCCGUUCAACUGGAGACAUGCGUGGCUUGCGAGGAGACAUGCCACACUCACGUGGAGACUUGCCUUACUUACAACAAGACCCGCUUGGCCCUCCCCAAAAUGAGAUACAGAACCAUGACACCCCUAUGGAUGUCUCAGCUCCGUCUUCUCCAAGGCCCUCUCCCAGUCCACAGUCUCUACAGUUUGAAACUUCCUUAGAGAAAGUUCCUUGGCUCUCUGUUACAGAAACUCCAGCCAGAAAAGAGAAAUCACUGUCAGAGUCUGCUAACCCUGAGUCUGCCCAGGUACAAACACGAACACAAGGUGGGUUAUACAACAGACCGUGCCUACAUAGACUGAAGUACUUCUUACGACCUCCAGUGCAUCACCUCUUCUUCCAGACACUGAUACCAGAUAAAGACACGAGAGAGAGUAAGGGUCAAAAACUAGAACCCAUCCCUCAUCGAAGACUGAGAAUGGUAACAAACACCAUUGAAGAAAAUUUUCCCCUGGGAACUGUGCAGUUCUUGAUGGACUUUGUGUCACCCCAGCAUUACCCACCCAGAGAAAUUGUGGCUCAUAUCAUCCAGAAAAUCCUACUCAGUGGCUCUGAGACCGUGGAUGUACUGAAGGAGGCCUAUAUGCUUCUCAUGAAAAUUCAACAGCUACAUCCAGCUAAUGCCAAGACAGUGGAGUGGGACUGGAAGCUGCUCACUUAUGUCAUGGAGGAAGAGGGGAAAAAUCUGCCUGGGCGAGUCCUUUUUCUGCGUUAUGUGGUACAGACCCUGGAAGAUGACUUCCAGCAGAUCCUGAGGAGACAACGACAGCACCUGCAGCAGUCCAUUGCAAGCACUGUGCUGUCCUGUGACAAGCAGCCCCACAAUGUCAGGGAUGUUAUCAAGUGGUUGGUCAAAGUCGUGACUGAAGACGGAUUAACUCAGCCCACAAAUGGGAAUCAGACCUGUUCAGGAACAGGAAUCUUGAAGGCCACCAGUCCUUCUCCCCAGCCUAACCUGACCAAGAACACCAACCAGCUGAUUGUGUGUCAGCUGCAGAGGAUGCUGUCCAUAGCGGUAGAGGUGGACAGGACCCCCACCUGCAGCUCCAAUAAGAUUGCUGAGAUGAUGUUUGGGUUUGUGCUGGACAUUCCUGAGAGGAGUCAGAGAGAGAUGUUCUUUACUACAAUGGAAAGCCACCUUCUGCGCUGCAAAGUGUUAGAAAUCAUAUUCCUUCACAGCUGUGAGACUCCCACCCGCCUGCCCUUGUCUCUGGCCCAGGCCCUCUACUUCCUGAACAAUUCCACAUCACUGCUCAAGUGCCAGUCGGAUAAAACCCAGUGGCAGACAUGGGAUGAACUGGUUGAGCAUCUGCAGUUUCUGCUAUCCAGUUAUCAACACGUUCUAAGAGAGCACUUACGGAGUUCUGUGAUUGAUCGAAAAGACUUAAUCAUCAAAAGGAUUAAGCCCAAGCCCCAGCAAGGGGAUGACAUCACGGUGGUGGACGUGGAGAAGCAGAUCGAGGCCUUCCGCAGCCGCCUGGUCCAGAUGCUGGGGGAGCCGCUCGUCCCGCAGCUCCAGGACAAGGUGCACCUGCUGAAGCUCCUGCUCUUCUAUGCCGCUGACUUGAACCCCGAUGCAGAGCCUUCUCCGAAGAACUGGAGCAGCCACUAAGGUCCUUCUAAGCACUGAGCACCAAGAAUACCUCCUGAACUCUUGUCUCCAACUACUUGGAAGUUCUGAAAGUAUCUGAAGUAGUUAAAAAUCUUAUAGGACCAAACCUAUCUUAUUUAUCUAUAGGUUAAAAUAACUUUGUUUAGUAAAUAUCUUUUUUUGAUAUUCUAUCCUAGCCUGUUCUCAAAGAUGGCUUAAAUACACAAGGUGUAUAUAUUUUUAAAUAAAUUAUUUAUCUAUACCUUUUUUGAAACAGGUAAUACUAUAUGCACUAUGUGUUUAACAUUUCCAUUCAGUAUGUGAAAAAAGAUGACCUCUGAUGAACAAAUUCUGGACAUCAAUGUAUGUCAUUCAAGGUACUGUUAACCUGUUUUGAAAGAGAAAGACAUAUUCAUUUCUCCCUGAUGGAACACAAACAUCCUAUUUUAGAGCUGUUAUGUUGCCUAUUUAACUUUGUGGCCAGUCUGUUAAGAUCUAAUGUAAUGGGGGGGAGGGGGGACGGUGGAUACAAAAGGAUUGAAAUGUGUCACAAAUAAUUUGAUGUUAAAGGGAUACAAUAAAAAGGCAAUGGUUUUUCAAAAUACCAAGCUUACCAUGCUUAGGUUCUAUGACUGUGAGUAGGCAGAAUGUAAUAACUCUUAAAAGGACCAAAAAAAAAAAAAA